UCCUAUGCAUAGAGAAUUUGGGUCUAGACAUGGAUAUGUCAGCUUCUCAGUGGACUAGUGGGUGUGACUCUGGUUGGACACUUUACUUAGACCAAUCCUCUUUUUCUAAAAACCAAUGCCAUACUAGUUUUGGUGAUGAUGGUGGUGGUGUUGAUGAGGCUUAUAGAGGAGGGGAAGGAGCAAGAAGGGAGAAUGAUGAAGAAGAUGACUUAUCGAUGGUCUCCGACGCAUCGUCUGGGCCUCGGCAUUCUAAUGCAGACAAUGAGGAGUGCUCUGGUGAAUUGGACAAGAGGAACAAAAGGAAUAAAAAGAAGAAGAAGGCGAAAAGCAGAGAACAUUCUAGAAAUCAACAUCGGUCAUCUCUUCUUGAUGACACUGCUAGCUCCUCUGUACUUGGCUCUCCCAAGGAUGCAGGUUUCCAUGAAAAUGAAGCUUCAAUGGACCAUGUUUUGGACUCCUCACAAGGUUUCUCCGCGACAAAUUUCCGGGGAAAAUCUGGAUUCAAGAAUCAGUUCGGAUUGUUUCCUUCAUUCAAAGAAUCGGGUGGUUUGCGAGGAAGAAAGUCAGAGUGACAGAUAGCAGCAGCCAGCUGCUGCUGCUUUGGAGACGUUGUCAAUAUUUUUGCUGCUAUUACUUUUUGUUGGUUCCUGUAAGUGCAGGAGGAAACAAUACGAACAUUUUUCCUUGUCUAAGAUAUUAAUCUUCUCAGUAACGGAAACUGUCAACUAAUUUUUUUAAUGUCAAGAGUCUCAAGACUACAAUGUAGAAAGUACAAGCCUACCAUAGAUAGUAAGUACUCAGAAGAAUAUAA